AUGGAUUCUGGUCGCGCGCGCUCGCGCUCCGCGUCCAGAGGCGCGGUGAAAGCGCCCGCGCGAACUCGAUCGUCCUCUCGGAGCACCGGACGCGCGCGGACGGUGGCGAGGGCGAGCGACGAAAAGGACGCGCGGUACGGGUUGGCGAACGCCGAACGCGGGACGCGUUUGCGAUGGUUACCGACGGCGCUGACGCUCGUGCGAGUCGCCGCGGUCCCGGCGCUCGCCGUGGUGUAUCACAGUGCGAUGAAAAACGCGGCGGUGAUCUGCGGGGUGAUGUUCAUCGCGGCGGCGAUCACGGAUUGGUUGGACGGGUUUCUCGCUCGAAAGUUGAAGGCGAGCAGCGCGUUCGGGGCGUUUUUGGAUCCAGUGGCGGAUAAGCUGAUGGUCGCCGCGUCGUUGUGCUUGCUGUGCACGCGAGCGCCGACGGGGGUGUCGUCUUUAGCGGUGUCGCUGCCGGCGAUCGUGAUAAUCGGUCGGGAGAUCACGAUGAGCGCGCUGCGAGAGUGGUGCGCGGCGACGGGCGGCGAGGCGCACGCUGCGGUCAAGGUGAAUAAUCUCGGCAAGUAUAAGACGGCGACGCAGAUGAUCGCUCUGAGUGUGCUCUUGCUCGUUCGCGACGGCAGUGCGUUUUUCAUGAACGGCGCAUACGACGCGGCGAUCGUCAAGGGAGGCGUCUGGUGCCUCUGGGCAAGCGCCGUGCUCGCGUUGGCCAGUCUCUACGUCUACAUGAAGCCGGUGAUCGGGAUCAUGACGACGUCGGAUUGA